CCGAUAAUAAACAAUCACACACAUCUGAAAGCAAUCAAGGUCCAGUCGGUCGGUUUACGUUUAUUAAUUCGCCGGGUACCUUUCGACAAUGGCCUUAAAUGGUUCUUGAACGCUGAGUGGUCAUUGAGUGAGUGAAUUUUAAAUGUUCGAAUUGCAAGCAUGAUGACAAAGUUGGAUUUAUUCGGACCUAAAGCGGUUGCUGUGUUUUAUAGGUAAACAAGUAACAUAAACAAAGCUUCUACUGCAACUGCGAUCGCAAUUUACCGCCGAGUUUCACGCGUGCCGUUACCCGCACCACUGAAUAAUUGAAAUGGGCGAUAUUCCUCCGAGUCCCUCCAGUUUUAAAAAUGCGCUCAGCUUCUUCAGCAACCUGGACCGGCCCUCCAACAGCCCUCUGAUUCCUAGAAGGAACGCUAGCAAUUUUGAGGUAAAUCUGAGGCUGAUCAUCGACAGUCAGACUGUGAGUCGCACCAGCUACGAUCUGAGCGCCUCCACGCCCGUUGAAAUCCCGCAGUUCAUUCCAAGGGCUCGAUUGACCAGAAGACAGGAUGAUGCCGAUAAGCGAAUCAGUCGAAACAUCCCAGCGCAGGACUACCAAAGACCCAGUCCGAGAUCUAGUCAGGCUGUUCUCGGUUCUGCAAAGGAACCGGCGAAGUUCACGCCAGCAGUACCGCCCAAGGUUCCUCCCAGACCAUUUGGAGCCUGUUGGGCUCUUGCGCAAAAACCCUCCCGAAAUUCACCGGUUUCGACGGGGAAAACUCCCCAGCACGAACCCAGAGAUCCAAUAACACCGGACGUGGAAGCUAAACAAAUUUUGGACGCGUUCAAUAAGGAAAUUACGCCGUUUAAUAAGUUUGAGGUGCCGGUUAGUGCGUUGGAUAGUGAAUUUUUGACUCUUGCCAACUCCGCUUUGGACGGCAGCAGUGGAAAACAGCAGGAGCGUAGAAGUAGAAGCAUUUAUGGUUCGUCAGCCACCUUCAAAAGUCACGAGCGACCGUCAUCAUCAGGCGCAAAAUGUCCGGAAAUCCGUAGCGCCCUCUGUCGCGACACGAUGUUACCCGAAACGACGCUACCACCCCGAUUGGACAAUGAUCUGCGCAGCCCGAACAACAACACGCAUCAGCUACCGCGCACCAGGGCCAGCUUGUGCCUGUCACCGACAAGCACAGAGGGCGCCACCUAUGUCAUUGACAACAAGAGGAGGAGCUGGUGUGGCACCCCCUCAAGCAGCGGUCCCACUCCGCCGUUUUUGAGGAGAUAUGGGGAGUUGGGACAUUUCAAGCCACGAAAUGACUCGUUUCUUGAGCCGUAUCUUCAAGGCCUGAACGACCGGCAAAGUUCGCAAGGGGGCGUUUUACCGCCCUCGCCGCCACCCUUAAGAACCUCGGGUCCUCCACCGCUCGCGUCUUCCUCCAGAUCAAUUUCCCGCGAGUCGCUGAUUUCCUCCAAUGGUGGCUCGGAUGCCAGCAGCGAAAGAAGCGAAGAAGAAGGAUAUGGAGCAACAUGUGAUAUUAGUCUUAUGGAACGUUUGGUGCUGUCGCAUCCCAUCUGGUUCUUGCCUGGCAUUCAACGUGCUGGAGCGUUUCAUCUUCUGCAAGGCAAAGAGGAAGGAUGUUUUGUGGUGCGCAAAUCGUCACAAUCGGACACCAUGGCAUUAUCAGUGCGAUUGCCACCCGAUAAAGGGCCCUACAUUGAGCACUACCUAAUUCACAGCUCUGAAGGGCGAUUAGGGUUGGAAACCAGUGAGAAUCGUUUCGUGGACAUGGCUGCCCUUAUAGCGCAUUAUGCAAGCUGCUGUGACGAGCUUCCCGUGCAAUUGACAUUGCCCAAGUCGAUCCGAGAGUCGAAAAGCAGACAGCAGCUCUCAUCUUUGGCUCUAUUGGGACAGGAGUUUUGGAGUUACAGCCCGCCGCCGUCGGCGGCUUCCAGCCCCGACGCCGAUCUCGUGCUCAACCUCAAUCCAUUAAUGAGCACUUUCAAGCAAGCUGAGCCUUCAACUCCGAUGCAAUCGAAGGCGACUCGGCCCAACACGCUCAAUUUGCUCAACAAGAACGACCCGAAUCAGUCGGAUAUUAUGCGCAGCAUGACGUCGUUGAGGGGCGAUAGUCUAGGCAAGAAUCCGCCACCGCCUCCUCCCAGAUGGUCCAAACCGACGACGCCUCAGAACAACUUCACUGUCACGACAACUGUUACGUUCAGUGUGAACGCUCAGAGUCCGAGUAAUGAAAGGCCCAACCCUUCGCAAGUGGAGGUGGUUCAGUGCGAUCCGAAGCGAAUGUCUCCUGAAGGCCAAUGCAACAACUCCACCAUUUCGUCCAGAGGCAGUCUCAGAAACAAGAGUCUGAGCAACAUUACUUCGCCAAACUCCAUUCUUUCUCCCAGCUCGGAGAGCGUUUUCUCGCCAGACACGCUGUCGCCCUUAUCUAUCAGCAAAGGGGCGCGACACAGCAAACGGACCAAGCCGAAACUAUCCAAACACUAUCAGGAAAGCGAUAUAAUUGAUUCACCGACAAUGCUCUAUUACAAGAGCGGUCUUGGUGACAAAAUCAGCGACUACGAGGACGUGUGGGCAAGCGACGGCACAUUGCUGAAGCCGAAGGUGAGCAACAGUUUGGCGUCUCCUGAUCUGCUGCAGCACACGCCAGGCAACGUCCUCUCUCUGAACGACAACGUUCUGAGCCCUGCUGAGUCCUCCCACAACGGGUCGGCGCAGAGGAGCGUGUGCAACACUCCCGUACCAAAAGCCAGCAAUAUUCAGUCGCCGCUGGCAGACUCGGUGCCACAAGUUCGGCCUCAGACGCCCGAACUGUGCAGCCCGCACACUCCCAAACAGCAGAGUCCAUUCUAUGCAGAACCUGCUGAUUCGUUGAGCUCGAUUCAGCAAGCGGUGGCGAAACGGAUGGUUACCAGGCCUGCACCGGGCAUUCCCAUUCAUCAUAGACAUUCCAACCCGCCUGGACUGAAUUCGAUGAAGGCUCUUAGUCCAGGCCUGGAACGAGUGGAUGAUGGCAUCGAGUUUAAUGGCGGAAUCAUGUCUUCUUCAGUGGACAAUCUCAGUCCCAAGCAGAGAUUUUUGGGCUUGCGAAGGCCGGAAGCGAAGCCAGUGCAACCGCCCUUCAUCAAGCCGAAAGUGAGCACGAGCGAAACGUGGCAGGUGGAUAAUGGCUGGAAGUUUCUCACAAACGAAGCGGACAUUCACAUGGAAUCAAGCGAGCCGGACUACGAAUCCGAUUGGCCCAGAAUCCCCAAUGUGUUGAACUGUUUGGACUACGUGCCUGAUAGCUGCGAUGAUCGAGACACCUUACAUGAUAUGAUCUCGAAAAGAUAUCCAGAUAUACGAACGACUCUGGAUGCAAGUGCGGAUGAGGACAAGUGCCGAAUAUCCGCCUACGACAAUGUGGAGCUGGACCGAAGACAUCCUCGGCCGCCACCAUCGGAAAUCAGUGAAAUUACCGAAUUUUCUGAUCCAUGGGCUGAGCCCAACCAAGUGGUCACCGAAACUGAUGAGUCCUACGCGGAAACGGUCACUCCCCACAAAAUGAGGUGUGCCUCAAUUGGCCGGACGAAGAGUUUUAGGGAUCGGCUUGAUCCUCUUUUGUCCUCAGCAAGACUGGAUAGAUUGAAGAACGGCGACCAGAAUGGCCAGUCGAAGGCCGUGGGCACCACAAUCCGAAACUAUGCCUUAGAACUAGCUCAAGACAAAAGUACCACAUUUGCUCAAAACGUAGAUAAUUUCAUUGCGUGUACCUGCGAGUCGAAGGAAACGAAUCCUCAAGUGGUUAUGAGGAAUAUGCGGCAAUUCAUGUCCGGAAUGAAGAACUACCUGGUGAAGCAUGGCGAGAAGGGAUUUUACAAGGAGAUUGAACGAGAGAGGAAUAAGCUCAAAUCAACUGAAUUUCUCAACUUGGACGCCAUUCUAGAGGGAGUGAUGCACAAGCUGGUAGUUCGGCCGUUGAAGGCCCAUUUGCAGAAACUCUUUUUGGAUUACUACACAAAGACUGGAGCUAUCCGCCUAUUGGCCGACAACAUUCAAUAUGCCGCCUCAAGGCCCGUAGGCGAGCUAGCGAUCAAGCCCAAGAUAACAUUACCGUCUGACAGUGUGCUCAACAAGAUCUCCCAAUACAUCCACAGGCUCCAACAGGCUGACUCUCCAUUGGAGAAGCUGGAGAAUCUGCUGGCGGCAAUUGCAAUAAUCUUCAACUCGGUGAAGACUGGACAGCUGACCGGAUCGGGUCGAUCGGUGCAGUUGGGCGCCGACGAUUUCCUGCCGAUUUUCGUCUGGGUAAUGGUGAAGACUAAUUUUGUGGCUGCCGAAAUCGAAGCCGAAUACAUGUGGGGCCUUUUGCACCCCUCGUUGUUCUCUGGGGAGGGCGGCUACUAUUUGACCACCCUCUCCUCGGCUGUGCACGUGCUUAAGAAUUUCAAGAAGAGCUGUGAAGAGAACAACAAAAACCACGUGGAAAACGAUUCAGUGUUGAAAGUCGUCGUCCCGGACGAACUUCACGGCUCGAUUCUGACGAAAACUGUUCCAGCGCGGCCCCAAAUGACUACCAAGGAAGUCUGCAAAAUUAUCGCACACAAAGCGAGGAUCACGAACCCUCAAGAUUAUGCAUUGUACCGACUUACUGAUGGAGAAGAAACCAUGCUGUUGGAUAAUGAGUGUCCUCAAGACUUCAUGAAAGAUGGAAAGCACACGAUGUUAGCUUAUAAGAGAAUCGAUGCUAAAAUAGCAUGGCCCAAUCAGGACAAGCUCAAACUCUAGUCAUUUUUUGUAUAAUUGCGAGUUUUGUCCGUUUUUUGUAUAUACCUGUACUGUAAGGAAUGAUGUAAAACCAUAUUUCGAUACGUAAUAAUAGUAAGUUUUUGAUAUAAACGUUUAACAGUUUUUACCAUUUCCAUAGUUAAGCUACUUAUACACUGCUACAUUGUCGCCAGACGACCACUACUUGUGAACUAUU